ACCACUUUCUUCUCCACUCCUUGUCCCUGAAAAGCAGACGCAGCAUUCAAUCCAACAUGGAUGUCUCAGCUGAUGACAAAAUUGAGCGACGUGAUCGAUCGGACAGCUCGGGCUCGGAGAACCAGAGGUCAGAGAUUAGCCAGGUGCAGGUCCACGUCUCGACCCAGGAAGAGCACGCUACACCAGACUACAUGGACACUAAGGACGGAGACGCUCGAAGCCGCUCUUCGUCAUCUUCUUCUUCUUCAUCUAGCAGCCACGAAGAAGAAGAGAAGGAGGCGGUGGUGAAAGUGGAGGAUGCUCCCAAGGAGCCAGAUGUUGUUCACCACGAGGAGGCCAAACUAGAGGAGAUGAAUGGCGGGUCCAGACGCUCCUCUGCAUCUUCUGCCUCCUCCGCCUCCCCUAAAGAGGACAACGCCGAGGACGGGAUGCUGAUGGCCUACAAGCACUCGGACACCAAGGCGGAGGAGUCUGUGGACUACAGCCUGAAGACUCUAGAGAACGUCAGCCUGGACGAGAGCAGCGUCGCUCCGGCUGAACCUGCACAUCCGGAGAUCUCGCUCUUUGUCAAGGCGGGCAUCGAUGGCGAGAGCAUCGGCAACUGUCCUUUCUCGCAGCGUCUCUUCAUGAUCCUCUGGCUCAAAGGAGUCGUCUUCAACGUCACCACCGUGGACCUUAAGAGGAAGCCAGCAGAUCUGAACAACCUGGCGCCCGGCACGCACCCGCCAUUCCUUACCUACAACGGAGAGGUCAAGACAGACAUCAACAAGAUCGAGGAGUUUCUGGAGGAGAUGCUAGCACCCCCCAAGUAUCCCAAACUGGCGGCCAAGCAAAGAGAGUCCAACACGGCCGGGAAUGACAUAUUUGCCAAGUUCUCGGCCUUCAUCAAAAACACCAAAGUGGAGGCCAACGAUGCACUGGAGAAAGGCUUAACGAGGGCCCUGAAGAAGCUGGAUGACUACCUGAACAGCCCCCUGCCUGACGAGAUCGACGCAGACAGCAGGGAGGAGGAGAAGCCCUCCAGGCGAAGCUUCCUGGACGGGAAUGAGCUGACCCUGGCAGACUGCAACCUGCUGCCUAAACUGCACAUAGUCAAGGUGGUGGCUAAGAAGUACCGCAACUACGACAUUUCCAUGGACAUGACGGGCAUCUGGCGGUACCUGAAGAAUGCGGCGGCGCGCGACGAGUUCACCAACACGUGUGCGGCUGACUCGGAGAUCGAGAUGGCGUACAAAGACGUGGCUAAGAGGCUUGCCAAGUAGAUAACAACCUGGUCCCAUUUCCUUUCCACUAGUGUGUCCCCAUCGCAGAGUUUAUGUCCAAGGGUGUCCACAUGAGACACAUCAUCUUUGGUAUUUAUUUUCUAUCCCGACACAAAGCUGCCUUUCAUGCGUGUUGUAAAGCGUUGACUCACAGUGGUGUCAAGGUGGUCAGCUUUAUUUAUCCUUCCGCCCACUAGUCUAGUCUGACUCCACUGUUUAUUAUUGAUCUUUGUCUGACACACUCAAACUUCAACAUGCUCCUCCUCUUCAUGCUCAUUAAACUUUACUCCUUUUGUCCCCUCA